AGAAGAGCCCUUUUUCUCUUUUGUACUUAUUCCUACUUCUUGUUUUCGCCAAGUACCUUAGAACAAAACUAAUGUUUACCAGAACUUAGGACCUCCAAAUACUUUGAAAAAUGACUUCAGUUCGUCAAAUUGGUUUGAUUCCAGCUGGUUGUCAACCAUGGAAUUUAAAUGUCGUGGAUGCAACGGGAUCACGAUUUGCUUAUGCUGCAACUUUAGCCAUUUAUAUAUAUGAAUGGAAUCCUGAAAGCAAUCAGUUUUACUUGCAUUCAAUUAUGUCCGAACAUAAGAAGACCAUUUCCGCCAUUGCUUGGCACCUACAAGAUAAGGACAUCAUCGCAAGUUGUAGUACAGACUACAAAAUAUGUGUCUGGCAUGUAUCGAAACGCAAGUUAUUGGCCUCUUUGAAUACUGCUCACGCAGUUCCAUCUUUAAUGGCAUGGUUUCCGGCUGAUGUUGACUGUCUAGCAUAUUGCGAUGGUAAAGGACCAUUAUAUUUGUGGAAGUACAUGGAUAAAAAUGAUAGAAAUGGACAUAUAUCUCAACCAUUGAAUGAAAUACACUCUGUAUCAUCAAAUAUUACUCAAAUCAGUUGGCAUAAAACUUGUCCCGGAAGAUUGGUUCUUGGCCAUGCCGAUGGAUCUGUUUCAUUCUAUUUGCAAGGUAAGAAACCACAAACACAUGUGAAACUAAUAAGCGAAGGAGAGCAUGAUUCAAGUAGUAUAUCUUGGCUUCUAUGGGAUCCCUUUUCCCAAAAUUACUUAUUAAUCUGCAACACUAAUGGACGGUUACAGCUCAUUGACUCAGCAACAGACAGCCCAUCAAUAAUUACUACAUAUAGCCUCCCGAGCAAAGCAGUUACCAUCAAAUGUGUGGCUUGGCUAAGCGAAGUCCCGGGAGCUUUCGUAACAGGAGAUGCUGAAGCAGGAGUUUUGCGGACAUGGACGGUGUCAAACGAAAAGCCUCAGCAUACAUUAAGACUCAAGCAAGUUGGAUUCAAGGCUCUUUGUGUGCUACCCUCUUUAUGCAAUAAAGACUCACCCCAAACUGAAACUUCUUCAACUAAACAAAUGUUUUCAUCAAGAAUAAUUUGCUUAUUUUUUGACGGAGGAGUUGGUGUAUACAAUUUGAAGAACUCGACAUGGGACUUUUUGCGAAAUAUGGGACACCUUGAAACAAUUUUUGAUUGUCAAUUUAAACCUGACAAUCCUGAUCUACUAGCCACGGCAAGCUUUGAUGGUACCAUAAAAGUGUGGAAUGUGAAUACAAUGGAAGCGAUAAACUCUUCACAUGGAGACGCUAGUAUAAUCUAUUCAUUAUCUUGGGCACCAGGUGAUACAAAUUGUCUUGUAGCUGCAACUUCUAAAAGUGGAAUAUUUAUAUGGAAUUUGAAGAAAGGAAGUAUACAAAAAAUCCAAAACCAUGAAAAGAAUACAUACAUUUAUUGUGUGGCAUGGAACCAAAAGGAUAGCAGAAAAAUUGCUUCUGCUGGAGGUGAUGGAUUUUGUAAAGUGCAUCAUACGAGUAAUGGAAAGUUAGUUCAGGCAUUUAAACAUCCAGCUGUUGUUUAUGGAUGUGACUGGAAUCCUAAUAAUGAAAACAUAUUAGCUACUGCUUGUGAAGAUUCUUUAAUUCGAGUAUUUUAUGUGGGAAGUGGAACUGAUCAACCUUUGAAAACAUUAUCUGGUCAUGAGGGGAAAGUUUUCCGGGUAAAAUGGUCGCCUUUAAAAGAUGGAUUUCUGUGUAGCACAUCUGAUGAUUGCUCUGUUCGAGUUUGGCAUUAUGCGCAAGGAAUUGCUGUCAGAGUCCUUCAAGGACACACAAGUUACACCCGAGGAUUACUAUGGUGUCCUGAGCACCCAAAUAUUUUAAUUUCUGGUAGCUGGGAUUCUACAAUAAGAAUUUGGGAUAUCAGUGAUGGAGCAUGCAUGGAUGUCAUAGAGGAUCAUGGUGCGGAUGUAUAUGGUCUUGCCUGUCAUUCUGAAAGACCUUUCUUUCUUGUUAGUACAUCACGGGAUUCAACUGUUCGUUUGUGGUCUAUGUUGCCUUUAGUUACUUCAUUAUAUAUCAAAUUAUUAACAUCAAGUCCUUUGAAUACUGUAUUUUCAACUUCUGUUGUACAACCAACUUGUGACUUUGAUGAAGGGUUUCUUCUAUUUGGUACUCAAUCUAAGCUUGUUAAAGAUAUUAUUACAAAGUCAAAUUCAUUAUCUGGCAUUGAUAAGUGGAAAGCUGUUUCUGAAUUUUUUUGUGCAUCACCUGAACUAUCAAACUUGUGGGAUCUUUUGUCCAUUGUUGGUGAUAAAGAAAUUGAUUUUAACCAUUACAAAACUGGAAUUGUUCAUCGAAAGCACAUUACCAAGUUAGCUAUGACUUCAGCAUUAGAAAAGGAACUAGCAAAUGUCUCCUUCUUUGGCUCUGGUGUGAACUCUUGUGGGAAAAAUGAAAAUAUGAAAAAAGCAGCAGAAUAUCAUAUAUUGACCGGUAAUUUGAAGAAAUAUUGUGACCUUAAGAUUCAGUUGGGUGAAUGGUUAGAAGCUAUUGCACUGGCACCUGGUGUUUCUCUAAGCUACUGGAAGGAAAUAACAUCUAGGUGGCUUAGAGUGAUUGAGCCUGAAAAUCGUGGUUUAGUUGCACCAUUAUACAUUGCCACAAAUCAGUAUGAAGAUUUGAUCAAGUAUUAUGCUAAGCAGAAUUCUUUGGAAAAGGCUCAUGUUGUAUCUGUUGCAUUAGCAGAAAAACUCAUGCCUUCAUCAUUGACUGUAUUGGAACAACCUGUUUCAGAGAAAGCAGAUGAAACUGUGCACUAUGAGAAUCUUGUAUCUUCAAACAUUAAACUUUUAGCUGAAAGGUGUAUGUUAUUUGGAUCUCCUUUGAAAGCAGCUUGCUGGUAUAUUUCUAAUGAUGAUAUACAGAAUGGUCUGUAUUGUCUUCUUAGAGGAAAUGAGUUAGAGCUUAUCGUAAGUUUAUGCCACUCUCUGCAACUAAAAAACUCCUCAUGCAAAAUGGCUGCAACAUACCUUGCUUGGCGUUGUGUUCGAAAUCAUGAAUGGGAUCUUGCUGUUGAUGUUCUUAAUCUUUGUCCAGAUAUCGAAGAAGAAAAAAUCCGCAUAUGCAUUAACAGUGGUUUAUCAAUUACAGAAAGAAAUGAUCUACAUCAGAAGGUGGGUUUACCAUUAGUUGAGGAAAGUGAGAAAAAAGCUGAAGAAGCAAAAUGUGAGAAAAAAUCAAUCCUGAAAAUAGUUCAGUUUUAUCUCCUUUCAAAUGAGCAGAAGAAAGGUCUUGAUAUUGGAUUACAAUAUAUUAAAGAAAAGUUGGAAGAAUCCAGUUGGAAUCUUGAAUUACUUUGGCAACUCAUUAGAACAAUGAGUUGUGUUAGCAGUCACUUGUUGCAGGAUAUAUCAUUUGAUAGACACCGCUUUGAACUUCAAGUUUUCAGCUCUUAUAUUGGUGCCUUAAUUGCUAUUCGACAAAACUUCUAUCCCAUUGUUGUUCCUCUAUUUGCAACCGCUUUGGCUCUAAUGAAAAGAGUACAUAAUGCUAAUUUGCCUUUGACAGAAGACAUGGUAGCAUCUGAAAUGCAUUCUUGGAUUUCGUCAAGAAGUUCUACUGCAAAAAGUUUAGAGAAGGAAGAUAGUUAUAAAGAUAUGAUGAAUAAAGUCUUAGCUGACCCUCCAUUUGGUGAUAUUGGAGUGACAAUUAUAAGUGGAUCUAAUCUUCCUCGUCAUUCUGACCAUCAUAGAUGUUUUUUGCGAGGCAACGCAAUUCAGGGACCUGUAUACUUUCUGGAUGAUUGCAAAUCUGCUGUGUCUAUAAAUGAUGCUCUCAUGUGGGCUAAAGUUAACUUUUUUUCUCCUCUGAAAACUGGCUUAUUAAUUAAUCCAUUUUAAUGAAUGUUUUGCAGUUUAUAAAGUUAUUUGUUGUGAUAGUAUUUAAUGUGUGACAAAUCUAUUAUCAAAACACAUAUUUGUUCCUAAGCAUAAGAAUAUUUUAUGAUAGCAUAAAUACUUGCGACAAAUUUGUUAUUAUAAAUUUGAUUUAAAAAUAUAUAUGCAUAUUUAAGUAUUCAAAGAAAUAUUUGCUGUUAUUCAA